AUGACCUGUGCCCUGCGUCUAGCUUUUGAGGCGCCUCAAAAGUCGAGAGGGGCCAGCAUGACCUGUGCCCUGCGUCUAGCUUUUGAGGCGCCUCAAAAGUCGAGAGGGGCCAGCAUGACCUGUGCCCUGCGUCUAGCUUUUGAGGUGCCUCAAAAGUCGAGAGGGGCCAGCAUGACCUGUGCCCUGCGUCUAGCUUUUGAGGCGCCUCAAAAGUCGAGAGGGGCCAGCAUGACCUGUGCCCUGCGUCUAGCUUUUGAGGCGCCUCAAAAGUCGAGAGGGGCCAGCAUGACCUGUGCCCUGCGUCUAGCUUUUGAGGCGCCUCAAAAGUCGAGAGGGGCCAGCAUGACCUGUGCCCUGCGUCUAGCUUUCGAGGCGCCUCAAAAGUCGAGAGGGGCCAGCAUGACCUGUGCCCUGCGUCUAGCUUUUGAGGCGCCUCAAAAGUCGAGAGGGGCCAGCAUGACCUGUGCCCUGCGUCUAGCUUUCGAGGCGCCUCAAAAGUCGAGAGGGGCCAGCAUGACCUGUGCCCUGCGUCUAGCUUUUGAGGCGCCUCAAAAGUCGAGAGGGGCCAGCAUGACCUGUGCCCUGCGUCUAGCUUUUGAGGCACCUCAAAAGUCGAGAGGGGCCAGCAUGACCUGUGCCCUGCGUCUAGCUUUUGAGGCACCUCAAAAGUCGAGAGGGGCCAGCAUGACCUGUGCCCUGCGUCUAGCUUUUGAGGCGCCUCAAAAGUCGAGAGGGGCCAGCAUGACCUGUGCCCUGCGUCUAGCUUUUGAGGUGCCUCAAAAGUCGAGAGGGGCCAGCAUGACCUGUGCCCUGCGUCUAGCUUUUGAGGCGCCUCAAAAGUCGAGAGGGGCCAGCAUGACCUGUGCCCUGCGUCUAGCUUUUGAGGCGCCUCAAAAGUCGAGAGGGGCCAGCAUGACCUGUGCCCUGCGUCUAGCUUUUGAGGCGCCUCAAAAGUCGAGAGGGGCCAGCAUGACCUGUGCCCUGCGUCUAGCUUUCGAGGCGCCUCAAAAGUCGAGAGGGGCCAGCAUGACCUGUGCCCUGCGUCUAGCUUUUGAGGCGCCUCAAAAGUCGAGAGGGGCCAGCAUGACCUGUGCCCUGCGUCUAGCUUUCGAGGCGCCUCAAAAGUCGAGAGGGGCCAGCAUGACCUGUGCCCUGCGUCUAGCUUUUGAGGCGCCUCAAAAGUCGAGAGGGGCCAGCAUGACCUGUGCCCUGCGUCUAGCUUUUGAGGCACCUCAAAAGUCGAGAGGGGCCAGCAUGACCUGUGCCCUGCGUCUAGCUUUUGAGGCACCUCAAAAGUCGAGAGGGGCCAGCAUGACCUGUGCCCUGCGUCUAGCUUUUGAGGCACCUCAAAAGUCGAGAGGGGCUAGCGUCGUGGUGCCCACGGGUGGGGUGGGAGCGGCAGCUGCUGCUGUGGCCUUUAGGCUGGAAGGGGAUGAGAGGGAGGGAGAGCGUGGCAAGGAGAAAGGCAGAAACGAACUUGAAGGCCAGAGCGGUGGUACCCACUGCACCCCACUCCCCACCCACCCACCCAACCCCGUGCUAAUCCCUCUCGCCACUCCCACAUUCACCCCCAUCUCCCCUCCCCUUCCCCCACCCACUCACUCGGCAUUCCCCCCGCCCCCCUCCCACUCACUCGGCAUUCUCCCCGCCCCCCUCCCACUCACUCGGCAUUCCCCCCGCCCCCCUCCCACUCACUCGGCAUUCCCCCCGCCCCCCUCCCACUCACUCGGCAUUCCCCCCGCGCUCCCUCCUUGGCCGCUUGGAGGAGCGCGUCUCCUUAGAAGCGAGCAUCUGGCGGGCCAGCUGGUGGGGGGCAAGGGGGGGGAAGAGGGGAGAGAGACGCGAGGGUGGGUGGACGGGUGA